AUGAAAUGGUCUUGCCGGAAGAAGGAGAAUGGCCGCGUAAUGAAGAAUGUCGGACGGUAUGAAGAAUUCCUCGGCUCACCCUCCUCCAAUAUCGAUGAACCUGUGCUAAACGCCACCGGAGUCUCUCGUCACCUGGCCACUCGUCUGAACGAUGAUUUUGGCGUCAUCCAAGCGACAAACACAAGUCUGUCCUCCGUCACAGUGGCAAAACUGGCCUGGUCAUCAGCUGACCAGCAACAAUACAAAAGCUGCGGUUAUGCUGGUGACGAAGUUUGGCCAGAUUUGGCUUCCAGACAAGGCUCCUCCAUCUCCGCUGCCUCGAUAGCUGCCGCUUAUCUUCGCCUUCUGCAAUUGCCGCUG